AUGCAUUUCACAACAAGACUUGGAACAUUUCUGGAAAUCCUUGACCUAAAUAACAGCGAAAAUUUGGUCCAAUUUUGUGUUAAUAAAAUCCUUAGUCAUCAUUAUGAAAAUAACCAAAUUGUGGUGUCGCUAAAUGUCAAUUUUCCGGUGAAUUACCCAAUUAUAAAUUUGCAAUUUUUCGAAAUUUUGGACUUGUUUGCGUUUGGACGUGCGAAAAUAUACCUGAUUGGUGUUAAUUUGGACUCGGAUUUGGACGAAACAAUUCAAUAUUUGAACGAAUUUCGCACAUUUAACCCCCAAGCGAAAUUUAUAAUAAUUCUGGACCGGUUAAUAACCGACAAAAUUUUCAAAAUGGCCGUCAAGUACUACAUCAGCCAUAUUGUCGUCCUUGAAACCCACUCCCUAAACCUAUACACUUAUUACCCUUACAACAAUCAAAAUAUCAACAAUCCUGACACAACUAUUAUCCCCCUUGGCUCGUGUCUUAACAACCCCCCAAGUUUAUUCACCAAGACAGUGCCCCCAUUGUGGGGCAACUCCACAGUGCGUAUUGCCUACAAGCCGAUCCCGCCAUACGUCGUCGACCCGUAUUCAACCCUUGAAGGAAUAGAAAUAUUCACAUUGGAGACAAUCAGCAAGUACUACAAUUUCCAAAUUGAGUACUUCCUCCACAACGGGAGUUAUUACAACGAGAAGAAACCCGAAACGUACUAUUUGGCCUUUGGUGGCCUUUUAACCCACGAUAUUGACAUCACAGUUGGUGGAUUUUAUUUGAAAAACUCAGAAAUUUAUGACUUUGAUGUCAGUUAUGAGUACCUCCAAGACAGCCUUUUCUGGGUGGUACCAAAAGCUCGCGAGUUGCAAAAAUGGCAAAGGAUUAUUGUGGCGUUCAGUUUUGACACGUGGACGGCCUUUUUGGCUUCUUUUUUCUUGUAUAACCUGAUUUAUGUCCUACAUUUGCACUUAUCUCAGUUGAAGGUCUCCACCACAAUUUUUUUCCACCUUUUUAGCAUUUUAAUCGAACAACCGACCAAAAUAAGGGUGAAAUACACAGUCAGGGCUUUAGUACUGACUUGGAUUUUUUACUGUUUGAUCAUUUCGACUGCUUUCAAAAGUCAGAUUAUAAAUCUUUUGAGUGGGGUCACCUACGAGAGUGACAUAACWACACUCCAAGAAAUAGUCGAUUCUGARUUGGUCAUAAGUUUGCCUGUUGGGUACGCAAACAUGUAUGACCAUGGUGACCCUCUUGAAAAGUACAUUUAUGACCAUAAUGUCCCUUGUCCCAAGACUUAUGACUGCUUGCAGAGAACAGCCACAAAAAGGGACACUGCAAGUAUUGCCAUGGGACGCUACAUCGCCUACCACAGCCCAUAUUUCUUGAACGAACAUGGUCAUAGCACCAUCCACGUCAUGUCAGAACGCGUAUGUGUCACGCCCAUCCAUAUGAUCAUAUCUAAGGGAUUCCCCAUGUUUGAACAYAUCAAUUCUCUAAUCCUGUUAUUGCAAGCAAACGGAAUCAUCGACUAUAAUUACGACUACAUGGACAAUAUUUUCAAAAGCGCAUAUUUCUCACAGUUGAGACUUUCCGAAAAAGUCGAGCUUAACGACGUGGAAACCAUGGCCUUGCCUUUUGUUUUGCUACUUUUCGGGCUAUUUUUUUCACUGUUUGUGCUUUUACUCGAGCUMAUUUGGUCUAAGUUAAGUCAAACUGGAUGUUUAGUCUGCGGUCCGCAAUGA